UCAAGCCGCUAAAACCCUAGCUCCCCCGCCGCCCACCUCCGCGCACCACCAUCAUGCUGCUCCGCCGCCUCCUCCACUCCUCCCGCCACUUCCGCCACGGCCUCCAAACCGUAGCUCCGGCCACCAGCGCCUCGUCCUCUCCCCUACCAUUUCGCCGCCUCCCGGACCUCCUCCUCCCCGCGCGCGUCCUCUCCCCACGGCUCCUCUCCACCUCCGGCCGCGACGACGACGGCAACAAGCCGUGGAGCUUCGCGGGGGUCUCAGGCGAUCCGGACCCGUUCCCCCAUGAGGAAGCCGCCGCCGACGCUGGAGAGGCGCUGCCGGUAGGUCCCGCGGCCGUCGCCGACGAGCCCUGGGCGAAGGGCUUCGGCGUGGAGGACGGCGAUAGUGGGGACGUGUUCGAGGGGAUCUACAAGGAGGCGGCGUCGGCGGCCCCGGCGAGCGGAGAGGCGGCUCCGGCAGGCGACGAGGAGCAGUGGACACUGAGUGGGGAUGAGAAGGAUCCCUUUGCCGAUGCUGUGCUUGGGGAGGGGAUCGAUGGGAUUCAAGGUGAGGGUGGUGGGCUCGAUGAGCUCGAUGCGGGUGAAGACCCUGAGGCUGAGCUGAAGCGACAGAAGAACAUGGAGAGGGAGAAGGAGCUGAUGGAGAUACUCAAAGGUCCAAAUCGUGCAUUUGGUGAUGCCAUUGCUUCCUCUGGGAUCACUGAGGGAAUGAUUGAUAGUUUGAUCCUCUUGAAGGAUGUCAGGGAUGUUCCGGGAAUGCCUCCCCUAACUGAAAUAGAAGAUGAAGCUAUCGAGAAACUGAGUGCAACAUCAAGCAGAGCUGAAGUCGAGCGCCAAAAGCAAGAAGAAAUUGCCAAGGCACGAGUAAGACAGGUUGAUGAGAAAGGAAGGGCUUAUGGAACAGGGAAAAGGAAAUGCAGCAUUGCCCGUGUUUGGAUUGAGCCUGGUGAUGGCAAAUUCAUUGUCAAUGAAAAGGAGUUUGAUGCUUACUUCCCAAUCCUGGAUCAUCGAGCCGACCUUCUUCGUCCAUUUACCGUUACCAAGACUUUGGGGCUUUGGGAUGUGACCUGUACUGUGAAAGGUGGCGGUGUCUCAGGACAAGUUGGUGCUAUCCGCUUGGGAAUCAGCAGGGCCUUGCAGAAUUGGGAACCAGGACUGCGUCCAUACCUCAAAGCAGCUGGAUAUUUGACAAGAGAUUCACGUGUGGUCGAAAGGAAAAAACCUGGAAAGGCAAAAGCAAGAAAGAGCUUCCAAUGGGUCAAGCGGUAACAGGGCCAUCAGCAGAACUACCAUUUUUUUGGGUGGCAGAUCGAUGCCCCUCGUGGGUUUUCUUGUCAAUUUGGAAGGUUCUUUCAGCUUGAUACUAAAUUCCUUCAGUUUGUAUUGAUAUGGGAUUGUGCUACACUUGUGAAACAUGACACAGCAAAUUGAUCCAGAAAAUACCAUUUGACCUAGUCAAGAUUCAGAAGUUGCUUUGCAAUGAGCUGUCAAUAAAACAGGCUGUGCCAAUGGAACUCAAUGUUCAGCUCUGAUGAAAAAUCCCCUCGCGUCUGAGGUUUUCAUUGCUGAGAAACAGGUUUCAUAUGCCGAUUGAUGAUCGUGAUAACUUGCUUUACAA